AUGAGCAUCAACUUCCCCGAGGAAGAGGAGAUUAUCCUCAAGCGGUGGAAAGAAAUCAAGGCUUUCGAGACUCAGGUACCAUCGCGCGAUCUAUUUACGUUCGACCUUGCAGCUAACAAACUCUCAGGACGACCUCGAUACACCUUCUACGACGGUCCCCCCUUCGCAACAGGACUCCCCCACUAUGGCCAUCUCCUCGCCUCUACCAUUAAAGACAUCAUUCCCCGAUACUGGUCAAUGAAAGGUUACCAUGUUGAGAGACGCUUUGGGUGGGAUACCCACGGGCUUCCCAUCGAGCACGAGAUUGACAAAAAGCUCGGAAUCUCGGGCAAAGAUGCGGUUAUGAAGCUUGGGCUGGAGAAAUAUAAUGCAGAAUGCAGAGCUAUUGUCAUGAGAUACUCAACGGAAUGGCGCUCAACCAUCGACAGACUCGGACGGUGGAUCGAUUUCGACAAUGACUACAAGACAAUGGACCCAAAGUUCAUGGAAUCAGAGUGGUGGGUUUUCAAGCAGAUUUUUGACAAGGGCGCUGUAUACCAAGGCUAUCGAGUCAUGCCGUACUCCACGGUUCUCACCACCGCGCUCAGCAACUUCGAGGCGAACCAAAACUAUCAGGAUGUUACUGAUCCCGCUGUGGUUGUAUCAUUCCCCUUACUGGAUGAUCCAAAUACCUACCUUCUCGCCUGGACAACAACACCUUGGACAUUACCUUCACAUAUUGGGCUAGCAGUGCAUCCGAAUUUCGAGUAUGUCAAAAUUCACGAUGAGGCUUCGGGGAAGAACUAUAUCCUGCUAGAGAAGCUGCUUGGAACUUUGUAUAAAGAUCCCAAGAAAGCGAAGUUCAAGAUUGUGCAAAAAAUCAAGGGUAGCGAAAUGCGGGGAUGGAAGUAUCAGCCAUUAUUCGACUAUUUCUACGAGGAGUUCAAGGACUACGCAUUCAAGGUCAUCAAUGCAACAUAUGUUACCGAUGACAGUGGUACUGGUAUCGUACAUCAAGCUCCGGCUUUUGGUGAAGAAGAUUACAAUGCUGCAAUGGAGAAUGGUAUUAUCAACGAGCAUCGUGGACCUCCUAACCCUGUCACGGAAACAGGUCAUUUCACGGAUAUAGUGCGCGAUUUUGCUGGCCAGCACGUCAAAGCAGCUGAUAAGCCGAUCAUCAAAUACCUUAAAGGCACCGGAAGACUUAUUGUUGACUCUCAAAUUAGACAUAGCUAUCCUAUGUGCCCACGAUCUGAUACGCCUUUGAUAUAUCGAGCUGUGCCAUCAUGGUUCAUCAAAAUCCCCGAGAUUGUCCCUCAAAUGCUGAAAAACAUUGAAGGGUCUCACUGGGUGCCGUCAUUUGUCAAAGAAAAGCGAUUCGCUAGCUGGAUUACCAAUGCUCGUGACUGGAACGUUUCUCGCAAUCGUUAUUGGGGUACUCCUAUCCCAAUAUGGGUUAGUGAUGAUUUCGAAGAGAAGGUCUGCAUCGGAAGUGUUGAGGAGCUGAAGAAACUCAGUGGUUAUACUGGCGAGAUAACCGACCUUCACCGCGACAAGAUUGACCACAUCACAAUCCCAAGUAAAAUGGGAAAGGGCCAAUUGAAGCGUAUUGAGGAGGUCUUUGACUGCUGGUUCGAAUCUGGAAGCAUGCCUUAUGCAAGCCAACAUUACCCGUUCGAGAACAAGGACAAAUUUGAGCAAUCGUUCCCGGGAGAUUUUAUCGCGGAAGGUUUAGACCAGACUAGAGGAUGGUUCUAUACACUUCUUGUUUUGGGUACCCAUUUGUUUGGAGUAGCCCCAUUUAAGAACUGCGUGGUGAACGGAAUUGUCCUCGCCGAAGAUGGAAAGAAGAUGUCGAAGCGACUGAAAAACUAUCCGGACCCCGUUAUUGUCAUGAGCAAAUAUGGUUCUGAUGCGCUUCGUCUAUAUCUGAUCAAUUCACCGGUCGUACGUGCCGAGCCUUUGAGAUUCAAGGAACCCGGAGUGAAAGAAGUCGUUGCGAAGGUUUUGUUGCCCCUGUGGAACAGCUACAAAUUCUUUGAAGGGCAGGUUGCUCUGCUGAAGAAGAUUGAGAAUGUUGACUACUGCUUUGAUCCUGCCGCGGAAGCUACGAAUACCAAUGUCAUGGACAGAUGGAUUCUUGCAAGCUGUCAAAGUUUGCUCAAGUUCGUCAACGAGGAGAUGGCAGCCUAUCGCCUUUAUACUGUUGUUCCUAGACUUCUUGGCCUCAUUGACAACACAACGAACUGGUACAUUCGAUUCAAUCGAAAGCGUCUAAAGGGAGAACUUGGCCUUGACGAUACCAAGCAUGCUCUUAACACCCUUUUCGAGGUUCUCUUUACUCUUGUCAAGGGCCUCGCGCCUUUCACACCUUUCAUCACCGACAACAUCUACCAGCGCUUAUUGCCACAUAUCCCGAAGAACCUGCAAGGAAAUGAUAACCGGAGUGUUCAUUUUCUAGCCUUCCCGGAUGUGAGAGAAGAGUUAUUUAAUGUAGAGAUUGAACGCCGGGUUGAUCGCAUGCAGCGUGUCAUUGAACUUGCGAGAGUCUCGAGAGAGCGCCGCACAGUAGGAUUGAAGACACCGCUGAAGACGCUAAUCAUCAUCCACGCCGACCCAGUAUACCUAGAGGACAUUCGAUCACUGGAAGGAUACAUUACCGAAGAACUCAAUAUCAGAGAUCUUGUGCUUUCGUCAGAUGAGGCAAAAUACAACGUGCAGUACAGUGUUUCAGCAGAUUGGCCAGUGCUUGGAAAGAAGCUUAAGAAAGAAGUGCAAAAGGUCAAGAAGGCGCUGCCUGAUCUGACUAGCGAUGAGGUCCACAAGUUCGUUCUGGAAAAAACCAUUGUUGUAGCUGGUAUCACGCUUGGAGAUGGAGAUUUGGUUGUAAAGCGUGGUCUGAAAGAUGAUGCGGCGUCGAAAAACCUGGAGACAAACACAGACGAAGAUGUGCUCACUAUCCUCGACGCCGAGCUCUAUGCUGAUCUGGCCGACGAGGGCUUGGCGCGAGAGAUCAUCAACCGAGUCCAGCGAUUACGAAAGAAGGCCGGACUGCAACCUACUGACGAUGUCAAGAUGGAGUAUAAGGUCGUCUCAGAUCGCGAUAACAUUGGACUGGAGAAGGCUUUCACCGAGCAAGCACAAACCAUCGAGAAGGCGUUGCGGAGACCGAUUGAUCAUCAUAUAGUCACGGAAGAUGGGGGUGAGAUCCCGGAGAACGCGGAGGAAGGAGUUAUCUUGCAGGAGGAACAGGAGAUCCAGAAUGCGGUGGUUUUGCUCAGGCUAUUGAAACUAUGA